AUGUUGGCACAGGCGUUGCAACUCCUCCGUGAUAUCGAAGAAAGCUGGAAAAGCCGUGAGUUUUAUGGGUUCCCUGUGGAGAAGGGAGGAGAUGGUCCCAGGGGGGAGCCGGAAGAAACAGCCUGUGGGGGAGAGGAUGAGGAAGCUGAGAAAGGAACAUCUCAGGCUUCUGGAGCUCAAGUGAGGGAUGCAGCAGGCCAGGGACCCCCAGCCUUGCAGGCCCCCCCCCGCAGACCUCAUAUCAGGUUACAACAAAUACAAUCCAGUAAAAUCAAAAUAGCCAAGGAACUGCAGUUGAUGGUCAUGUUAACCCUGGUUGCUUUUCAGACCAAACUCAAUGAAGACUUCACUGUGUCAGCAUCAGGUGAUGGAAAAGCAACAAUGACAAUUUUGACGGUCUAUAAUGCACAAUUGCAGGAAGAUGCAAAUAUUUGCAACAAAUUCCAUCUUGAUGUUUCUGUUGAAAAUGUCCAGUUAGAUUUCAAACAGGCAAAGGGAGCCAAGGGAGCCCUCAAGCUCAAAAUCUGCACUAGGUAUUUGGGAGAAGUUGAUUCUACAAUGACAAUAAUUGAUGUUUCUAUGCUGACUGGUUUUCUCCCUGAUGUUGAAGACCUUACAAGGCUUUCUAAAGGAGUGAAUGGAUAUAUCUCCAAGUUUGAAAUUGACAAUAAUAUGGCUCAGAAAGGAACUGUUAUAAUUUACUUAGACAAGGUCUCCCACUCUGAGAAUGAAUGCCUGCAAUUUAAGAUUCUCAAGCAUUUUGAAGUUGGUUUCAUUCAGCCAGGAUCAGUCAAGGUGUACAGCUACUACAAUCUAGAUGAACAAUGUACCAGAUUCUACCAUCCAGAUAAAGGAACAGGCCUUCUCAAUAAGAUAUGUGAUGGUAACAUUUGCCGAUGUGCAGAAGAAACCUGUUCCUUGCUCAACCAGCAGAAAAAGAUUGAUCUUCAGUUACGAAUUCAAAAAGCCUGCGAGCCAAAUGUGGAUUAUGUCUACAAAACCAAGCUGCUUCGGAUAGAAGAAAAAGAUGGUAAUGAUAUCUAUGUCAUGGACGUUUUAGAAGUUAUUAAAUCAGGCACUGACCGAAAUCCACAAGCAAAGCCCCGUGAGUAUGUAAGUCAAAGGAAAUGCCAGGAGACUUUGAAUUUGAAGCUGGACAAUGAUUAUUUGAUCUGGGGUCUCAGCAGUGACCUGUGGCCCAAGAAAGAUGAUAUUUCCUACCUCAUUACAAAGAACACCUGGAUUGAGAGAUGGCCAUAUGAAGAAGAAUGCCAGGAUGAAGAAUUCCAGAAUUUGUGUGAUGACUUUGCUCAGUUGUCCAACACACUGACUAUUUUUGGCUGCCCUACUUAAAGUUUAGAAGAAUUAAUGAUAGGAAGAAUAUUCUCAGAAUAACGAUUUUUGAGCCAAUACAUAUAUGUUACUUUGCCUCUUGAUUUUUUAGUUUUUUAUCAUUUUGCUGUGCUAUUUUCUUUCAAAAUUGUUUAUUCAUAAAAUAAAUGAUUGAUUUCAUA